UUAUUAGGUAUGUCAGUACAUUUUCAAUUUUGGAAGUACGGAGGUCAAUUUGCAAGUACUGUACUUCCAAAAUAAGCACGGAUCGGAGCCCUGAUAUAGAAUUAAUAAGGCCGAAAACAAAAUUUAAUAACCUAUAUUUAUCCGUUUUUUAAAAAAUAAAUUAUAUUAAUUUUUAGCAUAUCGAAGCAUCAAAAGACCUUUCUAGAAUGGCGAAGGAAAUUAAAUUAUCUAAAGUUCAAGGACCUAUUAUUUUAAGUGAAAGAGCAGAAAAUAUUAAAAUUGUAGUUGAAAACAACAAUUUAAAAUCCAAGAAAUAUCAACUUUCCAAUAAACACAAUCCAAAAUUGAAGUUUUCUAUUUAUAAUAAACACGUACAUGAGGAAGAAUUUGAUUUUGAAAUUAAGAAAAUUUUUUGAUAAAUUUAUUACUUUUUGACAUUAUUUUUUAUAUUUAUUGUUUCUUUUUUUCUAUAAAGUUAUUUCGUUAUAAAGAAUAUUUUUUUAAAUCUUUUUUUAAUCUUCACACUUUAUUUAUUAAUUCAUCCUUCGACAUAUCUUGCUUUUCAUUCUUACUCUCAUUUUCCUCUUCUCUUCCUUCAUCUUCUUUAAUUUUCUUCUUCCGCUCCUCCUUUUCCGCCAGUUUCCAAUUAAUUUCUUCCUUCUCUUCUUCAUUAUCCUUCUCUUCAUUAAUUUCUUCAAUUAUAGUACUAACUUCUUCCGGUUUACUUGUAGUCAUGUCAUCAUACGGAAUUUUAAAUUU